CCUGACAGUCUCUUUUCACUACUCGAAUUGUUAAGUUGUUCAUUAUUUAUUCUUCUCGUGUCCACAUUCCAUCACUUUUGUGAAUUUCUUGUAUUUAAUAUUGAUAUAUGUAUGAUUUUCCAAAAUAAAAUGUCUCCAACACGCUGGAAUCGAAAGCGUUUAGCUAUCACCAGCAUAAGUAUAUUAAUUCUAUACGUUCUCUUCUUCUCAAAUGGCUAUCAUCAUUAUCAAAUCGACUCUCUUAUCCCCGAAUCCCGACCGGAAGACGUAUGGGAAUAUGUUGCAGACUUUAGAAAAAUGCGAUCACUUAAUCCGACAAUAUUGGAUUUCAAAAUCACCUCUGAUGAAGGUAAUCGUGAUCAUUGGAAAUAUUCUGUUGAAUAUCACGAACAUCUAUCACAUUGGCCAUAUUGGAAGAGUACAGCAUUUGCUGAUUAUUCAGUAAUCAAACAUCUACCAGGACAAAGUGAAUCAUAUUUGAUUCAAUCGAAUCACAAAACAUGUUUCUUUGGUGGUUUAUAUUGUUUGCGAUCUGAAAGUGAUUUCAAAUUCAGUCCUCUCGGCAAGGACACUUAUUGUGCGGAAAGAGUCAGCUACCAAUGUCCACCAUUCCUAGGUUCAGCAUGUCGACGAGAACUUGAAUUUCAACGUAAAGCUGUUAUGAAUAACUUAACAAUGUUCUUUUCCAAAUCAAGAAAAAACUAAAAAAUUAAAAUAAAUUGAUUUGGUAUAUACAACGCCAAUCCUUGAUAGAACAUUUUUCUGUAAUGAAUCUCUUCUCCUAAAAUUUAAAGAAACAGUAAAAAAAAAACAUUCUUUUUCUGUAUUCCAUAAAAUUUUUCAUUUAAAACAUUUUUUUAUUCAAUAAAAAUUAAUCUAACAAUAAAUUGUAUUUUUUAUAAUAAUUAUUAUUAUUUAUUUUUAAAAAUGAUUAUAAUGUUAAACCUCAUUUAUGAAACAAGAACUUUUUUUUUAAUUAUUUGUUAAAUUUACUAAAAACUGUUA